UAUGUGUGUUGAUUUCUAUAGGAAGCUGUAUCUGAUGUCUGUAAUGGAAUGAAGUGUCAUGUGAUUCUCGCUCUGGUCUGGCGAGAAUUCCUUCUUGUGUGAUACUUCUUCCUCAUGGCAGCUGUCAAGAGCGCACGAAGAAAUAACCAGCAACCACCAAAGUACCCGGACACUGAAGAUGAAGCGGAAAUCGAUGAUAGCGUUUGCAUCGCCUGUUACGAUUAUGACGCUCAGAACGACGACGAACUCACUUUGCGAAAGAAUGAUGUCGUGGAAAUUCUUUCGAAAGACGCGAGGAUAUCCGGCGAUGAGGGCUGGUGGACCGGUAAAGUGCGAGACAAAGUUGGAGUGUUUCCAUCAAAUUUCGUCAUGCCCUCGAAUGCCUUGUCUGACCCAGACGACGACGAUGAAGAGGUCGUCGACGAGGGCCAGAAAGAUUCAGGUCUCUCUAAUAUAACGGAGAUAGACUUCUCGGAGCUUGAGCUUGCCGAAGAAAUCGGAGUAGGCGGUUUCGGGAAAGUUUAUAGGGCGUAUUGGCGAGGUGAAGAAGUUGCUGUGAAAUUAGCUCGCUACAAUCCAGAAGAUGAUUUGGCUGAGGUCUUGGAGCAAGUGAAAAAUGAAGCCAAAAUGUUCGCCAGACUGAAACAUCAGAACAUAGUUGCACUUAAAGCGGCUUGCUUACAAAAUCCGAACUUCAGUCUUGUGAUGGAAUUCUGCCGGGGCGCAACUCUGAAUCGGUCUCUUCAGCGUCGGAAGCUGGCCCCCGACGUUUUAGUCGACUGGGCAUGUCAGGUUGCUUCGGGCAUGUGCUACCUCCAUGGAGAAAAUAUUCUUCAUCGUGAUCUCAAGUCCUCAAAUGUUUUGAUAUACGAAAUGCUUGUUGAUGGUGAUGAUUUGCGUCGGAAAACCCUGAAAAUAACUGAUUUCGGUCAGGCGCGUGAAUGGAGUAAGACGACCAGAAUGUCAACUGCUGGCACGUAUGCCUGGAUGGCUCCCGAAGUUAUCAAAUAUUCCACGUAUUCCAUGGCUUCUGAUGUUUGGAGCUAUGGCGUUGUCUUAUGGGAAUUGCUGACCGGUGAAAUACCGUACAAAGGAUUUGAUUCACUUGCUGUUGCCUAUAAGGUGGCGAUGAACAAAGUUACUCUUCCCAUUCCUAAAACAUGUCCGGAGCCAUGGAAGAAGAUGAUGCAAGAUUGUUGGAAUACUGAUACUCACAAACGGCCGUCGUUCGAAAACAUUUUACGGGAUCUUAGACUGAUUGCGGUCUCUAGCUGGGUUCGAACUCCUCGUGAUUCUUUUAAAUCAAUGCAAGAUGGGUGGAAAGUGGAAGUCCAGCAUAUGAUGACAGACCUGCGACACAAAGAAGAGGAAUUGAGAACCCACGAAGAACGCUUAAAUCGGAAAGAGCAAGAACUUGCGGAAGAGUGCAGACGUCGAGUUCAAGAAAUGAAAGAACAAUGGGAAAAGAGGUUGCAAGUUGAAGCUGAGUUGCACAAGCAAGAAGAACGGCUUACUCGUCGGGAGCAAGAGCUGGCUGAGCGAGAGAUGGUUGUUUUGGAACGCGAAUUGUCGGUCAUAAUGCUGGAGCAGUCAAAGCCUACGCCAACGCCGAAGGCUCGAAAGGGAAAAUUUCUGAAGAAUAAGCUCAAGUGGAAAAAAGAGGGUCCGCAGAAAAUAUCCAUGCCUUCUGAGAGGAAAAACGAGCAGAUGGAACUAGAAGUGACUUACAUUCCUGCUGAUGGAGUUAAAGGCAAAACGUGGGGCCCUUCGUCAAUGCAGCCUCGUGAACGAGGACAUUUGUUCGUGAAGCCAAAAACAGGAAAUUCUGAAGAAAAAAUGUUCAGCAAGUCUGCUCCAAACCUGGAACCUUCGUUGCGGAAAUAUGCCCCCGUCGUGCAUUCUCCUGCUGCCGGUGUACCUGUGAUAGGCGUUUCCCAAAAUUUUGAUUGUGUAGAAGAUGAUUGGAACGGAGCGCAGCUUCCACCCAUGCAGUAUCUCCCCACGCUUUACAAUGGAAACGUCAAACCUGGGAUGAAUGAGUUUCCCGAUGACCGCUUGUUGUCGAGCGAGUACGUUCCCAAUCGCAGGCCCGCGCGAAUGGGAGUCGUCGAGCGAUUCGUGUGCAAUGUGGCAUCUAUGCUGGCUGCCGUAGCUGCUGGCUACGACAUCGCCAUUUCCAACGUCACUCCGAUUCAUCCACGACUAAUGUCGCACCUAUUAGUAGAUUACCUGACUUUCUUAAUCGCGGACAACGUGGAUGCGGAUCAAAUGGAUGGUGCAGGCAGAGAAGAUCUGGAGUACUUCGGGAACAGUUACGGCUCUGGGAGUGCUUACGGGUUGCGUCCGGGCCAAGGGCACAACACCUAUCACGGACCCACCCCGCAUUAUCGAACACCGUUGUCGGUCCUUGCGCCGGAUGCCGCGAAACCCGCGCCUCUUAGGUUCAUCGACGUGCAAAUGGAGAGGAAACCUGUUGCUGCCGGUCCGGCGCGACGGAAAUCGUCGACGUCUAGUGUCGAAGGAAAUAAGUUUCCUCCAACUGCGAGUCCGUAUGUGGCAGGUGUUGACAUGGGCAGCAGCGGAAGUAACUCGAGUGGUGGGGAGUCGCGACCGAGGCUCCCUAAUCGACAAGUGCACUUUAGUUCACUGCAUUCUGGCGAAAAGCGAACGAGCGUUUAA